AAGUAGGAGCGGCCGCAGCUUCCGGGGCGGAGUUCAAAGUAGGAAGUGGAACCACAACAACACUUCUCCUUUCUAAAUAAUAAUAAUAAUAGUAUCUGUGGUUCAGAAUGCAUUUCCUCCUGCAGACGGUUCUUCUAUGAGUAAGAGGUCUCGGGCGUUGGCUUGAAGCCUUUGGAUUCAGCAGCUGGUGAUCACUUCACAACACUGUGCAGAGAUGGAGGAGACGAGUCGGGAGGCGGUCGCCACGGCCGUGCAGCGUGUUGCAGGGAUGCUGCAGAGGUCAGACCAGCUGGACAAAGUGGAGCAGUACAGAAGAAGAGAGGCCCGCAAAAAGGCCUCUGUAGAAGCCAGGCUGAAGGCAGCCAUCCAGUCCCAGCUGGAUGGCGUUCGCACUGGACUGACCCAGCUGCACAGCGCCCUGAUCGACGUCAAAGAUAUCCAGAGCUCGCUGGCUGACGUGAGCAAAGACUGGAGGCAGAGCAUCAACACCAUCGAGAACCUGAAAGAUGUUAAAGAUGCCGUCGUUCAACACAGUCAGCUGGCCUCCGCCGUGGAGAACCUUAAAAACAUCUUCUCAGUGCCAGAGAUCGUGGCAGACACACAGCAGCUGAUCGAGCAGGCGGAUCUGCUGCAGGCCCACAGGAAGCUGAUGGAGCUGGAGUGUUCUCGAGAUGACCUCAUGUAUGAGCAGUACCGCAUGGACAGCAAGAACACAAGUGAUAUGCACCUUAUCUCCAUCUACUUUGAGGAUGUUCAGGGUUUGUCAGACGAGCUGGCCAAACAGUUAUGGAUGGUACUGCAGAGGUCCAUGGUGAUGGUGCGUCGUGACCCCACCAUGCUUGUGUCGGUGGUUCGUAUCAUUGAGCGAGAGGAGAAGAUUGAUCGGCGCAUGGUCGACCGGAAGAAACAGAGCGGCUUCAUCCCACCGGGGCGACCGAAACGCUGGAAGGACAAGAUGUUUGAGGUGUUGGAGGGAACAGUCAGCACCCGAAUCGAAGGCACCCAGUCAGUGACGAGGGAGGCCGAUAAGAUGUGGCUGGUUCGUCUCCUAGAAAUAACCAGGAAGUACGUCCUGGAUGACCUCAUUGUUGUGAAGAACCUCAUGGUGCAGUGCUUCCCUCCACACUACGACACUUUCAACAGAUUUUUCGGUCUCUACCACAAUGCUGUGUCCACUCGUGUAACAGAGCUGGCCUUUGAGGACCUGGAGGCUAAUGAAAUCGUUUCCAUGCUCACUUGGGUCCUCAACACGUACAAGAGUACGGAGAUGAUGGGCCAUCCUGAGCUCAUGUCAGAGUGCGACAUCAACCUCCUGGAGCCUCUGCUGCCGAAGGACGUGGUGGACGACCUGCUCAGCAAAUACGUCAAGACCUUCACAUCUAACAUCACAGGCUGGCUGAGGAAAGCUCUGGAGACGGACAAGAAGGACUGGCAGAAAGACACCGAGCCUGAGGCCGACCAGGACGGAUACUACCAGACCACCCUGCCUGCCAUCGUCUUUCAGAUGUUUGAGCAGAACCUGCAGGUCGCUGCUCAGAUCGACGGAGACUUCAAAGAGCAAGUCCUGAAGCUCUGCCUGAAACAGAUGAACUCUUUCCUCGUCAGGUACAGAGAGGAGGCGAUGACAUACAAAGAGGAGCACCUGAGGGACAGACAGCUGCCUCAGUGCUAUGUUCAGUACAUGAUCGCUAUCAUCAACAACUGCCAGACCUUCAAAGAAUCGAUCAACAGUCUGAAGAGGAAGUACUCUCAGUCCUCGGAGCCCACCGACAGCGACGCUGCCAUAGAGCGGACCCUCAAUGAGGUGGCCAAGGAAGGAUGUCAGUUCCUACUGGAUGAAGUCUUCCUGGAUCUUGAACAUCACCUGAAUGAGCUGAUGACCAGGAAGUGGCUGACGGGCUCUCAUGCUGUGGACACCAUCUGUGUGACCGUGGAGGACUACUUUAACGACUUCAACAAGAUCAAGAAACCCUUCAAUCAGGAGAUGACCAGCGAGGCCCUGCGCAGGGUGGUGGUGGAGUACAUCAAAGCAGUGAUGCAGAAGAGGAUCACCUUUAAGAACGCGGACGAGAGGAGAGAGGGAGCGGAGAGGAUGAUCAAAGAGGCCGAUCAGUUCAAGUUCCUCUUCAGGAAACUGGCUGCUGGUGAAGACACUGACCCGCUCUGUGGGGCCAUAGCUGCCAUCGCUGAAGUCUUCAAGCUGACUGACCCCACGCUGCUGUUCUUGGAGGUCAGCACUCUGGUGUCCAAAUAUCCUGACAUCAGGGAGGAACACAUCCAGGCCUUGCUGGCUGUGCGCGGUGAUGCCAGCAGGGAAAUGCGGCAGAUGAUCAUCGGGACUCUCAGCGAGAACAAAGUGUCUUACUCUGGUGUGACGCAGCCCAUCUUCAAAGACAUCACUGUGCCAACCAUCACCAUGACGUCCAUGACAUCCAUGGCCACUGCAAAGCUGCUGAAGUAAAGCCAAGUCCACAUGACACUAAAGACCACCUUGAGCACCUUCAGGCACGAGAACACGAGUUACUGAUGCUCCGUUGUUUUUUUUUUUAAUCUCUAAUGCAGCUUCUGUUGUGAUUCACUCUUACUCAACAUUUCAUGUUUUCAGUCCUCCUCCAGCUGAUAUCCACUUUAACUAAUCAAUAAACUUAUAGAUGAAUCAUUGA